AUGGCACCUCUGAGCCAGCUGAGUGGCCACAUCAACUCCACCUGCUGGGCAGAGAAUUCCACGGGAGACAGCCGGGCCGGCCCACACUCCUACUAUGCCCUCUCCUACUGUGUGCUCAUCCUGGCUAUCAUCUUCGGCAAUGGCCUGGUGUGUGUGGCCGUGCUGAGGGAACGGGCCCUGCAGACCACCACCAACUACCUGGUGGUGAGCCUGGCCGUGGCGGACCUGCUGGUGGCCACCUUGGUGAUGCCCUGGGUGGUGUACCUGGAGGUGACAGGCGGAGUCUGGAAUUUCAGCCGAGUUUGCUGCGAUGUUUUCGUCACCCUGGAUGUCAUGAUGUGUACAGCCAGCAUCCUGAACCUCUGUGCCAUCAGCAUCGACAGGUACACCGCGGUGGUCAUGCCAGUUCACUAUCAACAUGGCACCGGACAGAGCUCCUGUCGGCGAGUGGCCCUCAUGAUUACAGCCGUCUGGGUACUGGCCUUUGCUGUGUCUUGCCCUCUCCUCUUUGGCUUCAACACGACAGGGGACCCCAGCGUCUGCUCCAUCUCCAACCCUGAUUUUGUCAUCUACUCUUCAGUAGUGUCCUUCUACCUGCCCUUUGGUGUCACUGUCCUCGUCUACGCCAGGAUCUAUGUGGUGUUGAGACAGAGGAGAAGGAAACGGAUCCUCACUCGACAGAACAGCCAGUGCAUCAGUGUCAGACCUGGCUUCCCCCAACAACCCCUCUCCCCUGACCAGGCACACAUGGAGCUGAAGCGCUACUACAGCAUCUGCCAAGAUACUGCCUUGGGACGACCAGGCUUCCAAGAAGCGGGAGGAGAGUUGAAAAGGGAGGGGAGGACUCAGAACUCCCUCAGCCCCACCAUGGCCCCCAAGCUCAGCUUAGAGGUUCGAAAACUUAGUAAUGGCAGGUUGUCGACAUCCCUGAAGCUGGGGCCCCUGCAACCUCGGGGAGUGCCCCUUCGGGAGAAGAAGGCAACCCAGAUGCUGGUCAUUGUGCUCGGGACCUUCAUUGUCUGCUGGCUGCCAUUCUUCUUGACCCACAUUCUCAAUGCCCACUGCCAAGCAUGCCACGUGUCCCCAAAGCUUUACAGCGCCACAACAUGGCUGGGCUACGUGAACAGCGCCCUCAACCCCGUGAUCUAUACCACCUUCAAUGUUGAGUUCCGCAAAGCCUUUCUCAAGAUCCUGUCUUGCUGA